UUUGAAGAAGAUUCUGUACAGUUCCAUCCAAGGCAUUAAAUGGGGUUUGGGUUGAUGGCAAAUUGAACAUGAGUUAACAGUGUGCCCUGGCAGUCAAAAUGGCCAACUGUGUCCUGGGGUGCAUCAAGCACAGCACAGCUAUCUGGUCGAGGAAGGUGAUUGUCCCACUCUACACUGCAAUGGUGAGGCCCCACAUUGAGUACUGUGCAGUUUUGGGUACCUCAAUACAAGAAGGACGUCAAGCUGUUAGAGUGUGUCCAGAGGAGAGUGACCAAGAUGGUGAAAGGUCUUAGGAGGAGCAGCUGAGGUCACUUGUUUUGUUUAGCUUGGCGAAAGGAAGGCUGAGAGGUGACCUCAUCACAGUACACAGCUUCUUCAAGGAGGCAGAAGAGGGGGAGGUGCUCCAGAGCAUCUCCUCUCUCUGGUGACCGGUGAUAGGACAUGAGGAAAUGGAAUGAAGCUGUGUCACGGGCUGUUCAGACUGAACGUUAGGAAAAGGUUCUUCACUGAAAGGGAGGUCCAUCAGCACCAAGCCUGUCGGAAGGAGCAACUGGAGGACACUCAAUCAUGUGAUUUAGUGUUAGGUAGUCCUGUAAGGAGUGGGGAGUUGGAUCCUUAUGGGUCCCUUCUAAUGAGAUAUUCUAUGAUUAGUCACUGAUGUCAGGGAUCCAGUGAACAUCAUCUGUUGCACUAAGACACAGCAUCUAGUCAUCUAACUGCUGUGGAGCCAGUGACACGGGAAGUUUAUCUGUGCACACAUGAUCAUUGAGACAUGUAUUUAUUAACCUUUUAUUAGGAGAUAUCUAACAUGUUAAAAGAUAAGCUUCUUUUUCUUUUAGUUGUUGUUCCAAAUGUGUCCCUUAAGAAGUAUGAAAAACUUUUCACAUGAGAACAUGCUUAUAAAGGUGCCAUCUUUUGAUGGAAGGAAUAUGUUAUUCUGCAGUUUGUGGCAUAACUACAAAUGCUGAAAAGUGUCUCUUGUGUAUAGCUGCCUUGGCUGUCGAAGAGCUUGGCUUUGAGCGAUUUCAUGCAUUAAUUCAUAAACGAGCAUUCAAAAGCUUCCCUGAGCUGAAGGAUGCAGUUUGGGAUCAGUAUUCGGUGUGGACAAACAGAUUUGGUGUAUUGCUCUUUCUGUAUUCUGUAAUACUCACAAAGGGUAUUGAAAACAUUAAAAACGAAAUUGAAGAUGCAGCUGAGCCAUUGAUAGAUCCUGUUUACGGUCAUGGAAGCCAAAGUUUGAUUAACCUCCUGUUGACGGGGCAUGCUGUUUCUAAUGUGUGGGAUGGAGACAGAGAAUGUUCAGGAAUGAAACUUCUUGGUAUACAUAAACAGGCAACAGUAGGCUUUUUGACAUUGAUGGAAUCUCUGAGAUAUUGUAAGGUUGGCUCCUGUUUGAAAUCUCCAAAAUUUCCCAUUUGGAUACUUGGCAGUGAAACGCACCUCACAGUCUUUUUCGCCAAGGAUAUGGCUCUUGUUGCUCCUGAAGCGCCUUCAGAACAAGCUAGAAGGGUUUUCCAGACGUAUGACCCUGAGGAUAAUGGUUUUAUAUCUGACUCUCUACUAGAAGACGUAAUGAAGGCUCUGGACCUUGUUUCAGAUCCUGAAUAUGUAAACCUCAUGAAGACCAAAUUAGACCCAGAAGGACUGGGCAUCAUAUUACUGGGUCCCUUUCUGCAAGAAUUCUUCCCUGAGCAGGACUCUAGGGUUUCAGAGUCAUUCACUGUUUACCAUUACAAUGGACUGAAGCAAUCGAACUAUAAUGAAAAGGUCAUGUAUGUAGAAGGCACAGCCGUCGUUAUGGGUUUUGAAGAACCAAUGCUGCAGACGGACGACACUCCUGUAAAACGCUGCUUGCAAACCAAAUGGCCAUAUAUCGAAUUACUGUGGACCACAGAUCGAUCACCUUCCUUGAACUGACAACAUACAACCACAGGAUCCGUGAGUGAGGAUACAAGGAUUGGUAUUGCUUGGGAAGUGGUUUGCUUUGACUGUGCGGAGUUAUACACUGGUAUCAUUGAUGAAUUGUAAAUAAUGAUUACAAACACUUUUUCAGUGUUAAUUGGAAUAUUUAAUUUUUUAAUCAGAUUGAUUUCUAUUAUAAUAGUUUGUCUUUUUUGGCCACUGUAGUACUGUUAAUGUGAGUUAUCCUUGAAAAAAAAAAAGCCUACUUAAAGUCUUAAUGUUAUUUUGCCAUCUCAUGAAGAUUUGAAAAAUGUCUGAUAUUGCAGAAUCUGCAUAUUAGAUGUCAGAUCUUUAAAACGUGAAACAUAUUCAGCUUCCUCUGAAUCAUAUAGGCAUGUUCUAUUAUUUAAAUUAUAUUGGCUUACAUUACAGUACCAUAAUGUGUGGACUAGACUGGCCUUUGCACUGGAUAUGUUUUAAUGAGUUUAAAUUUUUUUGCGAUUUUACCUAAAAUUGAAUUUUACCUGAAGAGCUUGCACAAUGUCACAUCAAUAUGAUACAUUUUUAGGAAUAUCAAUAAGUAUAAUUCAUAAAUACUCUUUCUUGGCAGGUGUAUAUUACUGUGGCUUAGUUAUCAGGCAUGUUAAAAGUGAACAGAAAAUCUGAGGAAAAAUAGAUGUAUUAAUAUUUAUUUGAAUUUGUAUAAAAGAAAUGUAAAAACGGCGGAAAGAAUUUCUUGUUCUAUAAUCCUUUAUUCAAACUUAUAAUAUUGCCAAAUACCUCUUCUCAAUUUGUCCAAACAGCAGUGUAAGCCAGCGUUACUGUAUGUGUUAAGUGCAUGAGAACAUCUGUUAUUACAUUAUUAUAUUCCUUUAUUUAUUAUCAACUUGUUAGCCCUAAAAUAAAAUCUUUUCCUUGAACCA